GAUUAGAUGGAGGAUGAACCCUGAUCUCAAGCCUGAAGCUCCACAUAAAAAAGAGAGACUGGAAAAAUAAAAACCAGGAAUGAAAGAUUUUAAUGUUUCUUAAUUUCAGCUUUAAUGUGGCGGUUUAUUAAAAGUCACUUCCUGUAACCCAGGAAUCCUCUACUACAGACUAAAACAUUCAGGCUGUGUCCGAAAUGGCAUACUAACGUACUACAUACUACAUUCUCAAUGAGUAUAUACUGUAUACUACGUACUAUAAGUAUGAUUAGAAUGCCGACCGUUCACACUGUAGUAUACUACUCCGUUUCCCAUAAUGCAUUUCAAACCUCCGACGACAAAAACCGAAAGUACGGCUAUCAAAUAUCUCGGCUGAAUGCCGGCUUCAGGUCGAUUUUACGCUAACAAACAGUCGCAUAAUUGAUGUGGCAAUUUCAAGCCGGCACUCCUCAUGCAGUUAUUAGCCAGAUUAUGCGAAUCGUUUCAGUUGUAGCUGCAGGCUACUGGAGGUAGCUGCUACUUGUUCUGUAUGCAAAGCGAGCUGCUGCAACUAGCUGCUAGCAUUCAGUAGCACAUUGUGAGGCGUCUGACAAAUUUAAAACGUUGGUCAGAAAACACCUAUUUCUCAAAUCUGUGGGGUGAUUAGGAUGACUACUUAACCACAUAAAAUAAAAUAAAAAUCGCCCCGGUCCGGCCACAUAUCCCGCGGAGGCUUGCAUUUCGGUGGAUAGCUCGCAAAGCAUUAUGGGGCGGUUGAGUAUGACUAGUGUGGUCGCCGCGCUACUUAAAAAUUUUCCGGAUAUAGUAUACAUCCGGGUAUUUCUCGCGUACUCAAUCUAUUCAUACUAUCUAAUGUGAACGCACUACAUACUUAUUUUGACGUCACACUUAGUAUGAGAAGUACGUUAGUUUGCGAUUUCGGACACAGCCUCAGUUUCAGGCUGGACAUGUGUUUGAUUUCUGCUGUAAACAGUUUGGUGGAGAAUAAUUAACUAGUGGAGCCUCCAGUGGACGAUGGAGGAACUGCAGGUUGUAGUUCUGGUUUCUACAGUCUUCAACAUAUUUUACCAUUUAUAGGAUCUUUUUUAUGUCUGUUUUUAUCAUUUCAUGUCUCCGACUCGUUUUUGUGUCUCAUUGAUGUUUUGUGUCAUGUUUUGUCUCAUUUUUGUCACUUUGUCUUGCUUUUCUUGUUUUAUGUCUUGUCUUUGUUGCUUUGUGUCUCAUUUUUUCAUUUUCUGUCUCGUUUUUGUCGUUUCAUGUGUCCUUUUUGUCAUUUUGUCUCAUUUUCUCCAUUGUGUCUUGUUUUUCUCCUUGUGUCUCACUUUUGUAAUUUUUUUCGUCUCAUUUCUGUGAUUUUAUGUCUUGUCUUUGUCAUUAUGUAUCUCCAUCUUGUUGUUUUCUGUCUUGUUUUUCUGUCUCAUUUGCGUUGUUUCAUCUGUUGUGUCAUUUUGUCUCAGUCUAUCUGCUGUCCAUUAACGUCCACAUCAGUCGCUGUCAUGGUGACCGUUAGUUAUUAAACUCUUUUCUACCAGACUUUAAGUGUUUAUUAUUGAGGAAAAUACUAGAAGACUUGGAUUAGAAAAUAUAAAAACUUGUCUGGACUUCCACUGAUUUAGUUUUAAACAUUGUUUCAUGAAUAAUUAGCAGAAAAAUCUGAACUGUUGACCUGUAGAUAGUUUAAAUGAGAGCAGUUUUAAGGCAGUAUUUCCCGUUUCAGCAGUUUUAAGGUGGUAUUUCUCCUGUUUUAGCUGUUUAAAGGCAGCAUUUCCCCUGUUUCAGCAGUUUUAAGGUGGUAUUUCUCGUGUUUUAGCAGUUUUAAGGCGGUAUUUCUCCUGUUUUAGCAGUUUGAAGGUGGUAUUUCUCCUGUUUUAGCAGUUUUAAGGCGGUAUUACUCCUGUUUUAGCAGUUUGAAGGUGGUAUUUCUCAUGUUUUAGCAGUUUUAAAGUGGCAUUACUCCCGUUUUAGCUGUUUUAAGGUGGUAUUUCUCCUGUUUUAGCAGUUUUAAGGUGGUAUUUCUCCUGUUUUAGCAGUUUGAAGGUUGUAUUUCUCCUGUUUUAGCAGUUUUAAGGCGGUAUUACUCCUGUUUUAGCAGUUUUAAGGCAGUAUUACUCCUGUUUUACCAGUUUUAAGGCAGUAUUUCUGCAGACUGAGGCAUGGAGGACGGGUUUGUGGUUUCUGGUUUCUGACUCAGAUUGAGGUCGAGCAGCUUCAGGGAGGAUUUAAGCAUCAUCUGGUCUUCAGACACUCAGAGAGGAGCUACAUCCAGACAGGUCACAGCGUUAUUAUUAUUAUUAUUAUUUAAACAUCAUCAGAGUGGAGCUCCAUCCAGCCCAGGACCAGCACUAAGGUUGGUAUUAUAAUUAUUAUUGUUGUGUUUUCUGUUCAUUUUUAGGCACUAAUUAUGAUUUUUUAAAAUAUAUUUCUCUUCAUUUUACAUCCUUCUGUUGUCAGGAAGCUUUUUUAAUGACUAUAAGGAAGAAUUUAACAAGUGAGAUCAGUUUAACAGCUUAUUUUAAACACAUAAAUAAAGAUUUACUGACCAUUUAUUCAUAUUUUCUGUACUUCUUUUCCUUAGACUCCUUUAUUAAUGCUGUUUAUUUUGAGAAUAAGAGUGAAUUUACCUUAUUAUAUCUCAGUUUAUUAUUUUAGAGUUUAUUUUUAACUGAUUUCCUGCACAUUAAUUCACAUUUUGCACAUUUAUAUUCACAGGAAGCUCAUUGUUUCAGUAUUUAAAAAGAGAAUAAGGAUGAAUUUAACACAUUUUUUCUGUGUUUUUGUAUAUUUGCCAUCUUUGUUUAUUAGUUUACAGUUUAAUACUUUAUUUUUAACACAUUUUUUUCAUAUUUCUUUCAAUUUCACACAUUUAUUUAGUGCUUACUGCCACUUGAACAGAGAAUAUUGAUGAAUUUAUGACAUUAUUAUGAUUACAAUUAAAGAUAUUGGAUUAAUCUUUUAUUUUGGAUCGAUUGCUGUUUAAUUUCCAGUGUUUUAGCGUUAAUAUUUACACAUAAUUUGACUUUAAAUGCUUAUUUAGGUGUAUUUUACAGAUUUAUAUUCUUAGAUAACGGUGCAUGUUAAUAUUUCUGUUUUAUUGAUAAAUUAAUGAAUAAUCGUGAAAAAACUUGAUGUUUAAACUAUUUUAAAGUUGUUUUUAGACACAAAUCUCAGUUUACUAAACAUCUAAACCCAUUUUUACGACUAAUUAAAGGGAAAUUGAACAUUUUAUUUCAGUUAAAAUAUGAAUUUAUAAAUGAUUAGAAGCGAUUGAUUGAUUAUUGAUCUUCUAUCAGGAGAUGAGGCUGAUGAAUGGACUGAACCAGAACCCUGCAGGGCCCAGCUGUGGUGAGCUUCAGGUGUUUGACUGGAGUCCUCCUGAUCAGUUCCUCAACCAGACCAGUGGGGGGCGACACGACGACAUAAACAACAACAACAACAACAUCACAACAACUCCUGCUGCUGCUUCCAUCCAUCCUCUCGUCCCGCUGCUCCUCUACAGCGACUCCCUCCUCCCCCCCUCCUCCCCCUACAGCCAGCCAAUCAGAGCGGCCCAUGUCCAGUCUGGGACACGCCCCUGUAACCAUGGCAACAGUAUUGCCAGUCGUCCUGCGGUGAAGAAGCCUCUGAACGCCUUCAUGCUCUACAUGAAGGAGAGAAGACAGGAAGUGGUUCAGGAAGGACAGAAGGAGAGCGCUGCCAUCAACCGGAUCCUGGGACGGAGGUGGAACGCUUUGUCUCGGUCUGAACAGUCCAAAUACUACGAUUUGGCCCAAAAGGAGAGAAUUCUGCACAUGAAGCUUUACCCGGGAUGGUCGGCCAGAGAUAACUACGGGAAAAGGAAGAAGAAAGUGAACCAGCAGCCAACAGGAAACAGCUCCGGUCCUUAAACUUUAAAAAGCUGGAUGGUCCUCAGAAAUCGUUACAUUUGGUUGAAUUCACUUCCUGAAAUAAAAACUAAAAAUAAAACUCAUUAAAGUUCUGAAACCAA